ACGUCAUGCCUUGCAAUGAGGACAUCCCCUAAAAGUAAUUCUGGUGGUGCUGAAGAAAAAGAAACUCACUUUGGAUAUGAAACUGUCCUUGAAUCAGAGAAAACAGAAAAGGUUUACAAAGUUUUCAAGAAUGUUGCUGAAAGUUAUGACUCAAUGAACGAUGCAAUGAGUUUAGGAAUCCACAGGUUAUGGAAAGAUCGAUUCUUGCAAGUUCUGAAACCAACACCUGGAACAAGACUUCUGGAUGUCGCUGGUGGAACAGGUGACAUAGCAUUCCGCUUCCUUGAUUUCGUCAGGAACGCACGACUCAAUUCAAUCCCCACCAGCGGCAUGCCGUCUUCAAGACAUGCCGAGACAUCAUCUUCAGAGAGUAGUUCUUCCUUUGAUGGGGAGGAUGCAGCUUUCCGCUCAGAGGAGCAAGAGGCAUCGUCAGGAUGGAGGGAAGACACAAGGGUGACCGUCUGCGAUAUUAAUCAGUCCAUGCUGAAGGUGGGAAGACAGAGAGCAGAGCAGAGAGGACUAACUGAAGGUAUUUCUUGGGUUGCUGGUAAUGCAGAAGAGUUGCCCAUUGCAAGUGAAUCUGUUGAUGCCUACACAAUAGCCUUUGGUAUAAGAAAUGUCACACAUGUUGAAGAGGCCCUCAGUGAGGCAUAUAGGGUGCUAGUUCCUGGAGGUCGCUUCCUGUGCUUGGAGUUCAGCCAGGUCAACAACCCAGUCCUAAGAAGUUUGUACGACAAUUACUCCUUCCAAGUCAUCCCAGUUCUUGGUCAGGUUAUAGCGUCCGACUGGAAGUCCUACCAAUACCUUGUAGAAAGCAUCCGACAAUUCCCAAAUCAGGAAGACUUUUCUGCUAUGAUUCGGGAGGCUGGUUUCUCAAUGGUGACUCAUGAAAACCUGUCAUUUGGGAUUGCUGCAAUACACUCGGGGUUUAAAUUAUAAGAGAAUGAUUUACAGCAGUAGUGAGUCAUGUGUAACAACAUACGUAACUCAUGAGUUUAAUCCUUCCAUCACAACUGAACUCUUGUAGAGUAAAUACAACAUAUACAUGUACUGUUAAAGCCAUUGGACACUUUCGGUAAACAGAAUUGUCCAAGUCCCAAACUUUGUGUAU